AUGUCAUCCACUGCUACAGUCGAAUCCACUGCGGCGUUUUCCGCGCUCAACACAGGAACCGCAGGCGACGGACAAGUGAGACGACGGCUACACCAUAUUCCCCGUCCCGCCACCAAAGACGCCGAGCGAAGAUGGCUUCUCGAGCAGAUGGCGGGCGCGUUUCGCAUCUUCGCCAAGCUGGGUUUUGCGGAUGGAGCUUCCGGGCACAUUAGUCUUCGGGAUCCCAUCAAUCCAAAGACCUUUUGGAUCAACCCCUACGGUAUCCACUUCGGUCUUUUAAAGGUGUCCGACAUGGUCCGGGUCGAUGAGGAAGGGAACAGGGUGGGCGGUGCGCUGAAGCCAGUCAACACGGCAGGCUUCAUCAUCCACUCUGCUAUUCAUCAGAAACGACCCGACAUCAAUGCCGCUUGUCAUAUGCAUAGUCCGUACGGAAGGGCGUGGAGUAAUUUUGGCAGAGGGAUUGAUAUGCUGAAUCAGGGUAUUAUCACCGUUUUUUCUGGCCCACGAGUACGUAGCUAUUUGCUCACGAACCCAGAUUCAUGUAUGUUCCACGACGACCUCUCGGUAUACCCAGCCUUCGGUGGUGUGGUCUUCGCAAAGGAGGAAGGGCAGCGCAUUGCUGAUACGCUGGGGCCCAAGCACAAGAAUCUAAUCAUGCAGAAUCAUGGCCUCCUCACGGCGGGUGAGACUGUGGCUGAGGCGGCGGCAUUCUUCAUUGCGUUGGAGAGAGCAUGUCAGGCACAGCUUCUGGUAGAAGCAGCUAUAGCGCCUGGGUCUAUAGGCGGUGCUGCCGGGUUAGGGAAAAGCAUUGUGGAUGAGGAAACUGCGGCAUAUACCAAGAGAGGAACGGGAACCCCGGAGGCUAUGUAUAUGCAGUUUGAUCCUGAGUACCAGCUGAUUCUCGAGGAGACCGGUGGGCGAUUCCUGAGGUAA